AUGGAGCAUGAUGUGAAUACAUUGUUGGAAAGAAUCCGCCAGGCAGAGCAGCGAAUCAUUCAGGCAGAAGAGCGAAUCAGUCAGGCAGAGCAGCGAGUCGAACCAAGCACCCUUCUUGGCCUUCUCGAAGGAUGUCAUGAGCUUUCUCUUGCUAUACGUGUUGAGGCAGAUGCCACUUUAACAACCCAGGGUGACCCAACGAACCCUGUCAGUAGAAUCCGGCCUAAACGCUUAGUACCUUGGGAAGGGUUUCCUGCCUCUCAAGAGACCAUCUGGGAAGCAUUCGAUAAUGAAGGCCCCGGUUUUUCCACGCAUCGCGCUUUCGCGUCCAAGGAUCAACUGGAUUUCAUCCGGCAAGACAUUCAACCAGUAAGGUCCGAACUUCAACUUGAAUACUUCCAACGCGAAACUGUGGAUAGAUUCGUACGUUCAAUUCUAAAAGAGAUACACAACAACGACAGACUUCGUCUGCGCUUCAAACUCCAUGGACAUAUUAGUUUAGAGGACCAUAACAAUGCCAAUAACAUGACCUCUCCCCUCGAAACGUCAAUGCAACAGCUUCGAGUAGCAGAAUCGAUGCCACACGUACCUUCUACUCGAGGCAGAGCACGAAGUGCACAGCGGCCGAUCCAUCGGAGACGACGUAACCGUCGGGCUGACCAGUUCUGCGUCUAUGUAAUAUCAGACGAUCAACGAGUGCCCGUGUACGCUGUCGAACACAAAGCCCCACAUAAGCUAUCGCUGGCUGAAAUACUCGCCGGCCUCCACGAGAUGGACUUGGAGAAAGAUGUCAUUAGCACGGAUGGAGAUAGCUUCGAAUACCAUGCUACUGGCUCGUAG